UAUCUAUAUAUAUAUAUAUAGAUAUAUAUUAGUGUGUGUAUAUAUAGAUAUGUGUGAUGGGCGUAUUUCGUAUAGUUAAUACCAGUUAGCCUAGAACUGGUCUCGCAAUUCUUUUUUGUUUUUUUUGGGGGGGUAAGUCUAGAACUGGUCUAGCUUAAUUGAAGUGCAAUGGAGGAGGCUUUUAGCAUAAAAUGUAUGGGCAUGGUUUGGGUUUUCAUAGGGUGUUUAUUAUUGAUGUCGAUGUAUAUUUAUUAUACAUUCGGAGUAAAAGUUAAAAUUAUACGAUCAAAGUUUCGAAAGCAAGGUAUAAAUGGUCCAUUGCCAUCCGUUAUAUUGGGGAAUGUUCCUGAAAUGAAGCAGAUAUUAUCCCGGACUUCAGUCAAUGAUCAUGUCAAAGAAAAGUUACUGAUUGACCAUUCUUUAUCCCUCUUUCCAUAUUUAAAGCAGUGGUCUAAGCAAUUUGGAGCAACGUUCAUGUUUGCCCUUGGAGGGAUGCAAAUAUUGUACGUUUGUGAUGUUAAACUAGUAAAAGAAUUCAGCAUCUUCAAAUCGGUGGACUUGGGGAAGCCUGCUUAUCUUCAGAAAGACAGAGGUCCUUUAUUAGGCAAGGGCCUCAUUUCCACAAACGGUGCACUUUGGGCCCACCAAAGAAAAACUGAAUCUCCCCAUCUUUACAUGUCCAAAAUUAAGGACAUGGUGAACCUAAUGGUGGAAUCUGCAAAUACACUAGUUAAAACUUGGGAAAGCAAAAUUAAUCAAACAGAUGGUGGGGUUGUAGAUUUACCUGUCCAUGAUUAUGUGAGAAGCUUCUCUUCAACCGUAAUUUCUAAGAUUUUGUUUGGAAGCAACUAUGAACAAGGAAACACCAUAUUCCCCAAGCAUGGAGCUCUUCUUAAGGCCAUGGCUUCACCUACAAUACUCAAUGGGAUUCCCUUCUCAAAAUUUCUUCCCACCAAGAAAAACAUGGAAGUGUGGAGGCUAGAAAAAGAAAUUAACUCCAUAAUCAUUGACAUAAAGAACAGACAUAUUGGAAGACCUCAUCAGGAUGAGAACAUGUUGAAAGUGAUCAUGGAAGGUGCCAAGAAUGCUAAGCUUGGGCCAACCGCUGAGGAUCAAUAUAUAGUGGACAAUUGCAAGAAUCUCUUCUUGGCAGGAUCUGAAGUUCCUGCUGUUGCAGCAAUGUGGGGUUUGAUGCUAUUAGCUUUGCAUCCCGAGUGGCAAGCGCGUCUACGCUCUGAGGUUCAGCAAGUUUGUGGCCGCGGGCAUAACAUCAUCGAUGCUAAUAUGCUUAGCAAGAUGAAAAUGAUGGAAAUGGUUAUUCAAGAGGUGCUGCGGCUAUACCCGGCAGUGAUAUUUGUGUCAAGGCAAGCCUUGGAAGAUGUGAAGGUGGGGGAAAUGUUGGUCCCCAAAGGUGUGAAUAUAUGGAUAUGGAUGCUAGAGUUGCACAGAGAUCCUGAACUUUGGGGACCUGAUGCUUACAAGUUCAAUCCUGAAAGGUUUGCCAAUGGAGUUUCAGGGGCUUGCAAGUGUCCUCAAGCCUACUUGCCGUUUGGUGUUGGUCGCCGAGUAUGUCCUGGACAGAGCUUAGCCAUGGUGGAACUGAAAAUACUUUUUGCUCUCAUUGUAUCCAAUUUCACUGUCUCUGUUUCUCCAAAAUAUCGUCACUCCCCUGUUUAUGGUUUGCUUUUGCAGCCUGAACAUGGUAUAGAUCUCCUAGUACAAAAAAUAUGACAAAUUAUAUGUUCAUUGCUCGAUGUUGUAAUAUUGUAUGUUGAAAAUCAAAAUAAAGUUAUCUGUACUUACCAAAAUAAAUAAAUAAAAUAAGAUAAAAUAAAGUUAUUUGUGCAAAA